AUGAAACUCCCUUGGAAGAAAGACACAAGACUAGGAUUGAUCUUCGCUCGUAAGGAAGGCUAUGUUGAAAUUCAUAGGAUUAUCAUUCCAAUUCUUUCCCUCUCUUCAAAGAUCAUUAAUAUUGCUCAUACUAAAGAUGAUUUGCAUGUUACUGUGGGGAUGCAAAAAUGGAUUUACAAACCCUAUUUGGUUGAAUCCUCUUACUCUGAAGAAGAGAAUGACGAGGAUGACAAUGAAGAAGGUGAUGGUAAUAAAGAAAGGGCUGAUCAAAAAGAAGACAUUGAUGAUGAUAAAAAAGAACUAGCCACUGAUAAGGGAGAAGAUCUUGCUCAAGGAAUGAACUCUCUAAUGGGUGUUAGAUAA